AUGGCUUCCUUGGUGGCUUAUGACGACUCCGACUCAGAUGCUGAGACCGGGCCCGUGGCAAGUUCUAGUGCUGCCGGCCCGAGGGAAGACACUUCUGACGUGGUUGGACCUUGUGGGCGGGCUUUCUCAUCAGGAGUCCUGGACGUGUCUGAAGGCAGAGCACUGCCCACCACGCACGGUCCCUGGGAAGAGCCAGCUGGCCAGCGUCUCCCACCGGUUCGGCUCUGGAGGAGUGACCCAGGAUCUUGCCCCAGCCAGAGGCUGCAAUGGCCCAGAACGGAGCCUGAAGUCACCUUCCCCACAAGCGAGUGUUCUCGUUCUUCCCUGUGGACCAGCCACACUCCAGCUGGUCACGUGCCCCUGGCAGCUGCCCGCUUGAAGCAGGUGAAACUCUCCCAUGGAAAGUACAACUCUCCUGAGCCAUCUUCCUGUGUCCAAACCAAAUCUGAAAGCCCAGGUCACAAUGGCACCUCUCUUCAAAGGAAAAGGCGUGAGGACUGUGUGGUACCCUAUACCCCCAAAAGACUAAGACAGCUGCAAGCAUUAAGCACAGAAACAGGCAAGAGUAAAGACGUGGGGACGCAGGGUCCCUCUGCAGGGCGGGCCCCGGCCUCAGCCCCUCUCUGUGUGGCCCCCAGAGUGUCCGAGUUUAUUCAGCCAUAUUUGGACACUCAGUAUAAAGAAACCCAGAUUUCCAGGAAGGUUCUCUUCCACCUAAGAGGCCACAGGGGCCCCGUCAACAGCAUUCAGUGGUGUCCAGUCAUUUCGAAGAGUCACAUGCUUCUCUCAGCGUCUAUGGAUAAAACCGUCAAGGUGUGGAACGCCGUGGACUCGGGCAGCUGCCUGCAGACCUACUCCCUGCACAGUGAGGCCGUGCGGGCGGCACGGUGGUCUCCCUGCGGCCAGCGCCUGCUCAGCGGUGGCUUCGACUGUGCCCUGCACCUCACAGACCUCGAAACAGGAACCCAGCUAUUCAGUGGUCAGAGUGACUUUAGAGUCACUACGGUGAAAUUUCAUCCUAAAGACCACAGCCUGUUUGUGUGUGGAGGCUUCAGCUCUGAAAUCAAAGCCUGGGAUAUAAGGACCGGCAAGGUGGUGAGAAGCUACAAGGCGACCGUCCAGCAGACCUUGGACAUCCUCUUCCUCCAGGAAGGCUCCGAGUUUCUGAGCAGCACAGACGCUUCGAGCCGGGACUCCGCUGACCGCACCAUCAUCGCCUGGGACUUCCGGAGCUCCGCCAAAAUCUCCAACCAGAUUUUCCACGAGAGGUACACCUGCCCCAGCCUCGCCUUGCAUCCGCGGGAGCCUGUGUUCCUGGCGCAGACCAAUGGCAAUUACCUGGCCCUCUUCUCUGCUGUGUGGCCCUACCGGAUGAGCAGAAGGCGGCGCUACGAAGGGCACAAGGUGGAAGGCUACUCUGUGGGCUGCGAGUGUUCCCCAGACGGAGACCUGCUGGUGACGGGCAGCGCAGAUGGCCGGGUCCUCCUGUACUGCUUCCGCACGGCCAGCAGAGCACGGACACUGUAUGGGCACGCACAGGCCUGUGUCGGGACCACCUUCCACCCCAUGCUGCCCUCCGUCCUUGCCACCUGCUCCUGGGAGGGUGACGUUAAGAUCUGGCACUGAGCCUCCUAGAGCAGAACCUUCCAGACGUCGGCCAGUCCCCAGGCUCCCCCUUUUCUUUGGGGUGCGUGGGAGUAAAUACUGAGGUUGGCUUUGGGGUCAGACCCAGCUGGAAGCUUCCUCCGCCACCCUAUGGGCCUCAGUUUCCUCAUCUGUGCAAUGGGGACCAGACUCCUUUUGUCUCAGGGCUGAGCGGUCUGCAUUAGUGAAGGGACCUGGAAGCUGUCAGCGGUGCUCAAUAAACAGGAGUGUUUUGUUA